AUGGAAAAAAUUCGUUUUGUACCGGCUACCAAGGAUCACGUUGACGAAAUUCAAGAAUUCCUUCAUACGCAAUUUGGCAUGAAUGAGCCCAUAACCACAUCAAUAAAGGCUACCAGAGAUGAUGUGUUUGAUAUAUUUCACGAUGGUGCAGUGAACGGCACGAACAAUAAGUAUUCAACACUAGUCUAUCAUGAAAACCGGUUGGUGGGUUUGUGCUUGUGCUCAAUGUGCCCUUCGGAAUCCGUGGAUGGACCAUUACCAGCAGAAAUUGAUGUUAAAAAUCAUGAUUUUGCCCAAGACAUUUUGAAAGGCCCAUACAAGCAGCACAAAGCAAAUCAGAUAAUUAUCCUUGUGCAUUUCCUUGAAGAUACACUAAAGCGAUUACUUCGCAAGAAUAAAGUGAUGAAAAUGGAUUUCCUGUCUGUUCACAAGGACUAUAUGGGGUAUGUUAACAUUACUGACUUUGUAGAAGCUUUAUGAUA